CGACCAUCAGCCUCAACAGCCACAAGACUCGCCCUCUGAUAGUCAUAGUGCCUUCGUAUCGCCCGCAGCCCCGCGAUUCCCCACGCGCUGCCUUCUCAUCAAUUUGACUUUUCACCGUUGCAUACUCCCGUAGAAUAUGGUGAGAACUCUGACUUUUUGUUUCCUUCUCAGCAGGCAGGCCCAUCUAGGGUCAUGAAUUUUGCGCCGCAAGAGCGACUUGUCCGAUCUGAAGGGUAUCCUUCCCCAGAAGCAGAGUUCUCCCAGCCAAGUCCUUCACCAACUACGCCAACACUAGUUGGUCCCCAGAGAACAACGCGCUCAAGAGGUACAGUACCUCGAGGGCCCUUAAGAGGUGCUACCCAACGUCAGCAUCACCCUUACCAAAGGCCGCAAAGUGCUAUGGCCGGAAGGGCUCCCGAGCAUCCGGGGGCAAGAUUCUCAUUAGUGACUGGCGGUGGAAUCCAGCCCUAUCCAGCGUCGAUGUCUGCUCCGGCUUCGGAGGCAGGAUCCAGCCAUGCAUCAUCCACCAUGCCACCACCAUCCAUAGCGUUGCCACAAAGACCUUCGCCAGUCACGGUCUCCAUCCCCACAAGCUUUCACCAGCCUAUGGGUCCUCCGCCAGAACCCUCACACCAACACCCUCAACCUACUCAACCGCGGCUCCCACCGGUGACGAUGGUUCCACCUUCAGCAACUGCUCCCAACACAGACUUUGCGACUGUGGUUCGACGAAUCCGUGCGGUCACAAAAUACUUUUUUACACCACGGAUUGACAGUUUUUAUGAUACCACUACCCACACUUUGAAGGCUUAUCUCGAGCUACCAGGCGUACGUCGAGAGAAUCUAUACGUCACUCUUGCGAAUUCUGCGAUCACCCGUCACAGAAGUAUCAAUGUCUGGGGGUUUUCUCUCUCCCCAAAUUGGCUCGCAACUGGUCCAAGUGCUGGCGUUGGCACCGCCAGUGCUUUACAAGAAGCAAGUUCGAUGACGGGAACAACUAUGCAAAUGUCUAGUGGUUCGUCGAGUUCUACUUCUAAUGUAUCAGUUCCUUCUACGAGUGUGGGAGAAGCGGCAGGUACUGCUCAAGCUGCUAGUACAGACUCUGGAGGAGCAGCAGAUGCAAGGCCUCCGGUGGUGACCUCCUCAAUGGAGAUGUCCCUCGGACUUGGCCUGCCGCCUCAGUAUAGCUUGAGAGAACGUCGAUAUGGGGAGUUUUACAGACUGUUGCCCGUGCCGCCUGAAACAAGGAUUCUCACUGCCACCGUUUGUUUUGUUCUUUAGGCCACGCAUGUUCAAGCAGUUCUUGAGGCCGGAGUCCUGGCUCUGUUCAUUUCCUUCGGAACUCCCUUGACUGAAGGACAAGCAAGUG